AGAUUCAGCGAGAGGAACUGAAACACCGGCGAGCCAGGACCCAAUUUUCUCUGUAUCUGCGGAUCCGCUGGACAAAGCGAAAGGGUUUCAUGCUCUUCAGACCGCAUAUAAACAUAACAGCUUGGUGGAGGUAUGACAUUAACCAGGGGCUCCUUCACUUAUUCCAGUGGAGAAGAAUAUACCGGAGAAUGGAAGGAAGGUCGGAGGCACGGUAAAGGCGAGCUGAAGUUUGCUGAUGGCACCUGUUAUAAAGGUCACUUUGAGAACGGCUUGUUUCAUGGAUCAGGGGUGUUAGUCUUUCCUGAUGGAUCCAGGUACGAGGGGGAAUUCGCUCAAGGAAAAUUUCAAGGAGUCGGAAUCUUCAGCCGGUUUGACGGGAUGAAAUUUGAAGGGGAAUUCAAAAGUGGCCGCGUAGAGGGACAUGGGCUGCUGACAUUCCCAGAUGGUUCCCACGGUGCUCCGCGAAAUGAGGGAAUGUUUGAGAACAACAAGCUCCUGAAACGGGAAAAGUGUCAGGCUGUGGUGCAGAGAGCCAAAAACUCAGCGUCCACCGCCCGCGGCCUCUCAGUAUGACAAACUGACCUCAGCGAGAACACUCCGACAAACUGCGCCUUUCAGACAUUAGGGACCGCACCGUCACGAGGAAAAAGAGCAAAGCUGAUUCAGGGGUGAUUUCUGCCCUCACCAGAUAAUACACCAGGCCCAUCAGACCCUCAGGGACGGAUGAACACGUUUCCAUUCCUCACGUCUCCACUUCACUCAUGCUGUUGCUCUGCCUUGGUUUCCUCUGUGUCUUAAAAACAUCACAAAGUUUUGUGUGUUUGUUAUGGAGGCAUUGGUAAAAAAAAGAGAAAAAAUGUCAACAUUGGACAACCCAGGCUCAUUGGAGAUACGUGCACAGGGCUACAUUUUUGGGAACCUCAAAAUAUGUGCCUAUGGCUAUGUUUUUUAGCAGUUUUUGUUUUCACAAGUCCACUAGAGCAGUGUUUCCCAACCCUGUUCCUAAAGGCACACCAACGGUACAUAUUUUGGAUGUCUCCCUUAUCUGACCCAAUUGUUUCAGGUUUUAGAGUCUCUUCUAAUGUUCUGAUGAGUUGAUUCAGGUGUGUUUGAUUAGGGAAAGGUUUAAAAUGUGUUCUGUUGGUGUGCAACAGGUAGGGAAACAGUGCACUAGAGGACGAUGUGCACAUUUUCAAAUACGUUAAUGGGCAACAUUUUCUCAUAUGUUACCUUUUCGUAUUUCUACCAGCGGAUGCAGUGUAUAUUUCUGCGAAUCUCAACGUCCUUCUUGUGCCAUUAGGGAACUUUGUUGUGAUUUCAUAUAUCAGCUUGCUAUCGAUUGACCCAACCAACCCUUUCAAAAGCAAAA